AUGCCGCCGCUUCCUGCUUUCAAGUUCUUUUUUCUUGCCAUACGACAAUUGUCGAAGCCGGUAGUGAAGGCAAUCGUUUCCCGAGCCCAGAACAAGGCAACCAUCACGCGUGCUGUGUGCAUCGGCUUCGGUCGGUUCUCCUUGGGAAUCUCUCUUGUCAUUGAAAAGUGGACCGCGGAGGACAAAUCCCGCGGCGGCCAUGGGUCAUGGGCCGUCCCAGGCCGCUCAGCCGCGAAGACAAGCGAACCUGAAGAGGGAUUGCUGGUGGUUCCGAGGUCCCGUUCUCUGUUUCAGACAGCUGCGCCACCGCGUGGAUCUUCAGGAAAGCAACGGAUUGGUCGACUCUUUUUUCGUCGUCCGAUGCAGAGCUCGUGGGGGGCGUUUCGUUCGGCAUAUUCUUCUUCCAUUGAAGAGGAAAGUCUUGUGAAAACUGGGGCGGAGGUUCUCAUAGAGUUGCUGGUCUAUUCUAUUCUUGCUGUUGCUCUCUACUUUGAGGUGAGCACCUCCUCCCAAGCGUCUGAGGCGAAGGAGGCGCGUAUGCUACAGCGCAUUGAGGCGCUUGAGGGCAAGGUAAACGAGCUCAUCCAGGGCGAUCAUGUGGAUGCAGUGGAGGCGCUUGAGGUGCCGAAGCGGGUCGUUGUGGGCCGCCUCGAACGCAUGAAGGAGGGAAUGAGCAACGCCUUAUUUUGGCUGGUGUAA